GUAAGUGUUGCGAGGGGACUCGUUGUGAUGUCGCUUUUUUUUUGUUCCGUCAGUGGCUGCAGCGCUCUGUGGCUUCCUUCCUCAUCUUUAUUUCUUUUCUCGUCGUACCUCGGUGGGCGCGCGCGCCGCGCCAAGACUUUGCAUCCAUGCGUUUUGCACGCAGCCUCUGGAGGAGUUGUGGUUGUUCGUGCAUCGAGUUGGCAAAAAGACUAGGCCCGCGAAAAGGAGACGAUAUGCGCAGUGCCGCGCGGAGCACUUAUUUGCAACUUCGCGCGCGGUUCUAUACCUCUAGGCGAAUAUUGCUGAAUAUGGUAGAAGUGGCGCGAGGCAGAAAGGAGCUGCUGCGUAGAUUCUGUGCCAGACCUAUACAUCGCAUUCCCGUUUUCAACCUGAAUCCCCUAAAAAAACAUAUCUCAGGCAAUCUGCCCGGGCUUGGCGUCAGUGUCGCUGGGAAGCGUGGGGGCGCCCUUGGACAUACCGAAUGGCAUCGGCGGCUGCGGAGAGACACUGACCCGUGGAUGGUGCCGAAAGUCAAGCAUGUCGGAGACCACAGUGUAAAGACCUCCGCUGGCCUUGCCGUUGCUAGUAAGAUCAGGAGCGGCCACAACCACACGACUCAGCACAUUGCGCAACAAACUACCACCAGACCCGGCCGCGCACGCGCGGGCACGACAGAACACGGACGCGAUGUUGAAGCACUAGUCUGAUUCCACUAGUCUGAUUCCACCUGUUAGCCGGAUUCCACUAGCCCGAUUCCAGAAAUUAAUAAAUCUGACU